AUGACCGAUCACGACAUUCAACCAGAUAAAUACAGUGAACUUCGAAGUAUCUGUAAAUACUACAUUGAUUCAUAUAUUGCGUUGUAUCAACUGAAAACGGAAAAAGAAGAAGAAUUAAACUCGAUUUACCAAAUGAUUAAGACAGAAUUGAUUGAUUCUAAGAUAAAAUUUCCCCAAAAUAUUAUAAGAGACAUAUUAAAUAUAAUCCCGUAUAAUAAUCGUUAUGCAAAGUCAUAUUUCUUUCUUGCAAAACUCGUAUCUGAUGAAUAUCAUGUGAAAAAGGUCAAUAAUGUUGUACUUAUUUCAAACUUUCUGUUUUAUAAAGAAUAUGUAAUUAAAUUAAAUAUAUCGUGGGAUUUCAAACAAAUUAAUAUUUUUAAUUUGAAUCGACUUUCAGAAAAUACAAUUCAUAGAGCAAUUAUGCAUAAUGACAAAGAAAGUUUGAUAUCAUUCACAGAAAGAGAUGGAUUUAAUGAAGGUCAAUUAAUCGCUAGUCAUUGUUAUCCAUAUUCUUUCAUGGCAUACUCAUUGCUUGAAUUAUGCUGUUACUACGGGUCAGUUGACUGUUUCAAGUUAUUAAGAACGAAAUUUAACUCAAAAAUAACUGAAAGAUGUCUACAUCUUUCAUUUUUAGGAGGAAAUCCAGAGAUCAUGAGUGAAUGUUUGAAAUAUCAAAAACCAGAUUUUGAAUGCAUGAUGUUUGCAAUUAUUUCUCACAACAUUGAUUUUGUUACAUUCUUGAUGAAUGAAUACAAUAUAAAGAUCGAUUUAGAAUAUUGCGGAAAAUUUAAUAAUCUUGAUGCAUUUUUAGUUUAUUACGAUCAAACUAAUGAUAUUCAAGGAUGUUUUGCUUAUUCAAUAAAAUUCGGAAUCCCAUCCCUUUGUGAAUACUUCCUUUUGCAUGGUGCAAAUAUCGAUGAAAAUUAUAAAUAUGAAGGAACCGCUCUUCAAAUUGCAGCACGUAAUAAUUCUAAAGAAAUAACCGGAGUUCUUCUUUUGCAUGGUGCAAAUGUCAACAAAAAGGAAUUUUAUGGUUAUACGGUUCUUCAUUAUGCAGCAAUAAAUAAUUGUACAGAAAUAGCUGAACUUCUUAUUUCAUAUGGUGCAAAUGUCAAUGAAAAAAUUAAUAAAGGAGAAACUGCUCUUGAUUUAGCAAUAGAUAAUAAUAGCAAAGAAACAGCUGAACUUCUAAUUUCAUAUGGUGCAAAAAAUAACGAUCCUACACAUGAUGGAUCUUUAUGA